AAGAGGACAAAGAAAGCUUGAGACUGGCGGACAUUCAAAGCUUAGUGGAAGCAGUUAUUGGCAGUUGAAGGACCUCUUUCAAACAUAUAAUGUACACCAUGACUUUGUUGAUGAGAGGCUUCAGCUGGGUUCCGAGAUCAGUAACGUGAAAAACUUCCUCCCUUAUGAUUGUUGGUUCUGUAUGGGCACCGGAACGGCAAUACCAACGGAGACGGUCUGUAGACCUGUCAAUAGUGACCCCUGGACGAGAAGGAUCGCUCUCACCAUGAGAAUUUUCCGGCCGGGUACGCUCAAUAACAAUGCCGAUAGUAUCAGCAUAGCGUACCGGAUUGUGUGGAGUAUUUGCUACGGGAUUACAUUAAUGAAGUGGUAG